GAGCACUUCCGCUUUCAAUCUCUCCAAAAUGAACACAUUUCUAUCCAGAUUGAAUACAAUAUUUGCCUUCACGCUCAGCGUGAUGGCAGCAUUAACGUUUUGCUGUUUUCUUACAACAGCAUUUAAUUCACACAAAACAUCGGUCUACCUUGGUACAGGAAAGGCGAUUGUAAAAAAUGUUCCUGACUACAGUGCAAACAGAGAAAAGAGCGAUCUAGGCUUUGUUGUCUUUGACAUGACAACUGAUUUAACAAAAAUAUUUAACUGGAAUGUAAAACAACUAUUUUUAUACCUAACAGCAGAAUAUGAAACACCAGAGCAUAAAUUAAACCAAGUUGUAAUUUGGGACAAAAUUAUCAGAAGGGGAGAGAACUCCAUGCUGGAUUACAGAAGUAUCAAUACAAAGUAUUAUUUCUGGGACUACGGGAAUGGACUAAGGGGGAAUAAGAACAUCACUUUGACUCUGUCCUGGAAUGUCAUUCCCAAUGCUGGCACCCUACCCAAAGUAAUGGGAGAUGGCUCACACAAGUUUAAGUUUCCAGAUGAGUACAGUCCAAAUCGAUUCUAGUCCGGUACGUAAUGGAGGGGGUUCACAAGGCAGCGAUAUACAGAUCUGUGUGGACGGCUGGUCUAAUUCCUCGUUAUGUGUAAAUGAAGUGCUUUAUUUCAUGGAGGCCAUUUUGUAAAAUUAAAAACAUCAAGAGGUUAUUGAAAUGAUUUUUUUUUUUAAAAAAAUAGAAGAUUGUUUAAAAUGAUUUUUUUUAAAAAUGAAAGUCAAGUUUUGGUAUUUCAAAGAAAAAUUUUAAUACAUGUACUAUGAUUUGUUUGUAUGUAUUUAGUGUUUAGUUUUCAUGAGAAUGUUAUGAGAAUGUUAUGAAAUGUAAGUGUAAGAAUGCUUUGUGAGUACAUGUAUUUGAACUGUGAAUCUGUACCUGAGGUGAUGGUAUUGUGCACGGUGUUUUAAUUAUUUGGUGUGUAUGUGAGUAUAACUUCCAAAGGAUGUGAUUUUUUUUUGAGAGAAUGAGUGAGUUAAAAAUCUUGAUAUAUUAAACCUACGGUGAUUCAUGUUUGUGGAAAAGAUUGAGUAUAUGUACAUGUUUUGUGUUCAUUUUAUUUAGUAUCAUCAAAGUUUCAAUGAUGAAAUGAUUGAUUGAUGCAAUUUAUGGAAAUACAUGUAUUGCGUUGAAUUGAGAAUUUGAAUUUGAAGAAAAAAUAAUUUACACUGUAUACCUGAUGAAUCAAGAACAAGUAUUCAAAUGUAAGCUUUAUAAAGGAAUUAUUCCUGAGACAUCAGUGUACACAUGCAUGUUUUUUAUCGAGAUUGUUUUCUAAUCAUUUACUGUGACUGAAAAGAACUUAUCUCCAUUUCUUAUGUCAAAGUACAUGUACAUUGUAGUAGUGUAUUAGGACCCUAAAGCUAUCAAAAUUUUUGGACUUGCAAUUUCUUCCUAUAUAUGCUUUUGGGGAAGAUGGAAGAGCUCAAAUAUGAAGGUAUUCCAAGUGUGAAAAAAAUAAAAU